AUCAAAGAGUAUGAAUUUUGGAAUUCAGAUAUACACAAGGUGACCAUUUUGGAUGCUCAAGGUUGCACUCACACCUUAAAUCGCUAUAAUGCAAUGUGGGACAAACCCAGGCCAGAAUCAUCCAUUAAGGACCAGGUAUUUGCUUCCAACUUCUCGAGUGUUUCAGAAAAACAGCAGUUUUACCGUGACCUGGCUUCAGCUGCUGAAUCAGGAUGGGAUUUCAGCACUAGAUGGAUGAGAAACCCGCCUAAUUUCACAACAUUGGCUACAACUUCCGUAAUACCUGUUGAUUUAAAUGCAUUUAUACUCGGGAUGGAACUUAAUAUUGCCUUCUUUGCAAAAGUUGUUGGAGAUAAUGGCACUGCUGAACGGUUCCUGGAAAAUGCUGAUCUUAGAAAGAAGGCAAUGGACUCUGUUUUCUGGAAUGCAAACAUGAAACAAUGGCUUGACUACUGGCUCGAAAAUACAUGUGAGGAGGUUCAUGUUUGGAAAAACGGGCGCCAGAAUAAAAAUGUAUUUGCUUCCAAUUUUGUUCCUUUGUGGAUGAAACCAUUUUAUUCAGACACUUCACUUGUGGCUAGUGUCGUUGAAAGUCUCAAAACUUCCAACCUUGUCCGUGCCGCUGGAGUUGCAACUUCUUUGACUGAUUCAGGACAACAGUGGGACUUUCCAAAUGGUUGGGCGCCGCUUCAACACAUGCUAGUGGAAGGCCUUCUAAAAUCUGGGUCGCAAGAAGCAAGGUCAUUGGCUGAAGAAAUUGCCACCAGAUGGGUCACAAGCAAUUAUAUCGUUUACAAGAAAACGGGCUUAAUGCAUGAAAAACUUGACGUUGAGCAUUGUGGAGAAUUUGGAGGUGGAGGCGAAUACGUGCCCCAGACUGGUUUUGGGUGGUCAAAUGGUGUUGUGUUGGCAUUCUUGGAGGAGUUUGGAUGGCCUGAAGAUCGGAACAUAGAAUGCUGAUGUGCUCAGAAAUUGAAAGGUGGACAAAAAAUUAUGCUGCAAUAAUGUACUUGUACGAGAUAUUUGCAUGAGCGGGUGAAGAAAACUGGGUGAAUAAAUUCGUGAAUAAUUUUUUUUAAUAUAAAACUAUAUAUUAGCUUUAAAUUUUGUCAGUUUGGUUCAAAUUUUUAAUAUAAAAGUAGUUAACCAAAAUUAUAAACAACUAUGAUUACAAGAUUGUAGUUGGGCUUGAUAUCGUGUUACAGCAAUAAGGCUACGCUUUUGCUUCUUUUGCUUCCUGCACCCCAUCACUAAUUUUAGU